AUGGAGGAACUGAUGUACUUGACAACCAACGUGCACCCGGACUGAAUUCUGUGACGGACUCCGAAAAAAAAUAAUAUGAGCAUGGCGUCGCGUAAUUUGUGCAAACUACACAGUCUGUUAGUGCGGGUUUCCAACUGUAGUACACUGCGACACACACAAACAUGUUUGUUGCCAGUUCGACAAAAGUCCACUGACAGCGCUCCAAACAGUAAUGUAGACAUUGGUGUGACGUCAGAUGCGAAAACUAUAGUGUGCUACCAUCCUGCUGCUGACAUUCCUUAUGAAUUUACACAGCCCAUAGAACGACCAGACCCUGUGUCCAACACAAUUGAGACCCAUGACCAGGUUUUAAAAGCCCAUCUCAGCAAGGAGAUGGUCCCGGACCAAAAGGGCCCCAGCAGAGAAGAGUUGAGCAAAAUGUUCUACACCACCAAGCAUCGCUGGUAUCCGGUUGGACAGUACCACAUGAGACGCAUGAAUAAGAAAACACCAAAGAAGUGACGUCUGAAUAAUGAAACUGCUAAUGUUUGUGUUAGUGUCGUAAUAAUUUACAAUAAACCAUUUAAUAAGGAA